CGAGCAGUGGGCUCCCAGGGUCCCAGUGCUCUGCGCUCGGCGCACCGAGGGAGCCAAGGCUGUCGGGCUGGCGCUUUCCGCAGCAGCUAGUGCCCUGGCCAAGGAGAAGAUUUGAAACAAAUCUGUAUUAAUGAAGAGCGACUGCAUACAAACCACAAUAUGUCAAGAAAGAAAAAAAGAUCCCAUAGAAAUGUUUCAUUCUGGACAGCUGGUAAAAGUCUGUGCCCCAAUGGUUCGAUAUUCAAAGUUGGCUUUUAGGACACUAGUAAGAAAAUACAGUUGUGAUCUGUGUUACACACCAAUGAUAGUUGCUGCUGAUUUUGUCAAAUCUAUAAAGGCCAGAGACAGUGAAUUUACCACAAACCAAGGUGAUUGCCCAUUGAUUGUUCAGUUUGCUGCUAACGAUGCAAGACUUUUAUCUGAUGCUGCUCGUAUAGUCAGUCCUUAUGCGAAUGGAAUAGACAUUAACUGUGGUUGCCCUCAGAGGUGGGCAAUGGCAGAAGGUUAUGGGGCUUGCUUAAUAAACAAGCCGGAGCUUGUUCGAGACAUGGUGACACAAGUAAGAAAUCAAGUGGAAAACCCUGGAUUUUCAGUUUCUAUUAAAAUAAGGAUCCAUGAUGACCUUAAAAGAACUGUAGAUCUUUGUCGAAAGGCUGAAGCAACAGGAGUUUCAUGGAUUACAGUCCAUGGAAGAACUGUUGAAGAAAGACAUCAGCCAGUGCACUAUGAUUCCAUUAAAAUAAUUAAAGAAAAUAUGUCUAUACCUGUAAUUGCUAAUGGAGAUAUCAGAAGCUUAAAGGAGGCAGAAAAUGUGUGGCAGAUUACUGGGACAGAUGGUGUGAUGGUUGCAAGAGGACUUUUAGCAAACCCGGCCAUGUUUGCUGGAUAUGAGGAAACCCCACUGAAAUGCAUCUGGGACUGGGUUGACAUUGCUCUUGAACUCGGGACUCCUUACAUGUGUUUCCACCAACAUUUAAUGUACAUGAUGGAAAAGAUAACUUCAAGGCAGGAAAAAAGAGUAUUUAAUGCUCUGUCAAGCACAUCAGCAAUCAUAGAUUACCUUACAGACCAUUAUGGCAUUUGACUAGACUUCCCAAAUAAUUUAAAUAUAUACUUUUAGACCUAUAGUGAAACAACAGAACAUUAUAUUUUGCACCUUAAACAAGUAGCUCUCAAAUGUUAGUAUAAAAACAAUCCCUGGGAGCAUUUUGUAAAAGUCAGUCCUGCACCCCACCCCUCCCUCAUAGAUUCUGAUUUGGUAGAUCUGGAGUAAACCCAGAAUUUACAAUUUAAAGAAAACUCCCAGUGGUUCAAACAUCCUGAUCAUCCUAGGCAAACACUGACAAAUACUGUUCUGAAUCCUGUUAUGGAGAUAUUUGGGGGAUGGGUAGAGUUGGAAUUUUCUCCUAAAGGAGUCAUGUUUUCUCAUGUUAACAUUUUUAAAUAAAAUUUAUUUUAAUACUAAG